UCUUAAAGAGGAGUUGCCCGCAGGAAGUGUCCAUUUUACCCCGCCCGCGUGCGUAUGUAUAACUGGGACGGAAUUGCCCGUUGCCCGCCAUCUUCUGUUGGACACUGCCUGUGACGUCGUUGGAAUCUGAAUCUUCAACUUUCUGAGAAGAACGUUUGAAUUUCAGAGUUCCUACCAGCCAGCUCAAGUGACCAGAACUUGAAGACCAGAAUAGCUUCUGAGGGUCAAAAGGAGGAUAUCCUAGGAAGCUCAGGUGUCUUUGCUAGGAAAUAGACCAGCAGCUACAGUCAAUUGCAAUCCAGUCACACCUUCAUGAUGUUUUCCUUCACCAGAAAUGCACUAGGAAGUCUCAAGAUUCGAAGCAUUCAGCAAACAAUGGCAAGACAAAGCCAUGCAAAGCGCCCACCAGAUUUUCAUGACAAAUAUGGUAAUGCCGUGCUGGCCAGUGGAAGCGUUUUCUGUAUUGCUGCGUGGGUGUAUAUGACCACGCAGGUUGGUAUAGAGUGGAAUCUAUCCCCUGUUGGUAGAGUCACCCCAAAAGAAUGGAAUGAUGAGUAACAUACUUAGUUGCUGUAACACAAAAUUAUUUCCAAAUCACCUUGCCAUUUAAGUAAAGAAUGCUAUUUUUUUAAUACAGCAUAACUGAAGAAAUAAAAUACAUAUGAAACAUUUAAAAAGUGAUUGAAAAUAGUUAUUACAAUGCCUGGUAAUAAGGCGGUAGCAGUGGGUUGUACAGGGGGUUAUCAAUAGCAAACAUUUGAAAGUACAGUCAAUAAAGAAUA